AUGGAGCAAGUCACUAUCGGUGUUAUAUCAUUAGAUUCAUCUCCUACAGAAAAUUACACGCUGAACACAGCAGAAACAAGGCAAUCAUUUCAGCUCUCUGGAAAGAGUGAAGUAAAUACCAUACCGGGAGAAAAAUAUGAAGAACUAAAGAUGAAGUACAUACGCCAGCACACUAAAGCAGUAGUAUUAUGUUGUUUAAUAUCAUUUGGAGGAAUGAUACUAGGCUGGGACAUCGGUACCGUGGGUGGUGUGUCGAUAAUGCCAAGUUUCAAUAAUGCAUUCGGUGAUCAAACGACGAUUGUGUCCUCUGCAAAGGAACUCUCAAAUAUGAAAAGAGGUCUUUACAUUUCCAUAUUCAACAUUGGAUGUGCCUUAGGUGGUAUUAUGUUUUCUAGGUUAUCAAAUACUGUGGGUCGUAGAGUAGGAAUUCUAACCGCUAUAGCAAAGUAUACUCUUGUCCUGACGGUCCAGUUAUUCUCAAAUGGAAACUUUAUCCUUCUUCUGGCAUCUAGAUUUGUAUUGGGAGUAACUGUUGGCGCAAUAAGUGUUUUGGUGCCGAUGUUUGUAUCAGAAAGUGCGCCAAUUAAAAUUCGAGGAGCAUUAGUGGUAGUCUAUCAACUAGCAAUAACAUUGGGAAUACUCUUUGGAAAUAUACUAAACUACAUGACUAACAAGCAUUUGUCUAUGGUAGAUCCCAUGAACAAUAUGGCAUGGAAAAUUCCGAUGCUAUUCGGUUACCUUUGGGCUGCCAUUGUUGCAGUGGGCGCUUGUAUUACCCCGGAAUCUGUCCAUUUCCUAGCCAAAAUUCGUAAUGAUUAUGAAAGUGCCAAAAUAUCAUAUUCGAUCAUGAACAAUAUUUCAGUAUUUGACCAUGAAACUAUCGAUUAUGUUAACAACUUGCUAGUAAAGCAAGAUGUGUAUAAUGAGAACGACCUUAGGAACCAUAAAUUUGAGUUUUUAUAUGGUAAGCCAAAAUAUGGAAAACGCCUACUUAUUGGCAUCAUGGUGAUGGCCUUUCAACAACUUUCUGGUAUAAACUACUUCUUCUAUUAUGGAACCUCAUUAUUCAAAAGUGUUGGAAUCAAAGAUACAUACGCCACGGCUAUCAUACUUUCAUCAGUCAAUUUUAUUAGUACUUUUGCAGGCAUCUACUUAGUGGAAAGCCUUGGAAGAAGAUCUACACUAAUUUAUGGCUCAUUUGGCAUGUUCAUAUGUAUGAUAUUUUAUGCGUCUUUUGGAACUUUAAGUUUGAGAAAGGAUCUAUUAUCAUUCGUACUGAUCAUUGUUACAUGCUUAUUUAUCUCGAUCUUCGCCAUAACUAUCGGCCCAGUAUCAUUUGUAGUUGUAGCCGAAUUGUUCCCAACAAGAACUAGAUCCGUUUCAAUGUCUAUAUGCUCUUCCUUUAAUUGGCUAGUUAAUUUCGCCAUUGCUCUGGCAACACCAGUGAUAAUCAAUAGAAUAGGCUUCCUUUAUGGGUUUUUCUUUGCAGGUUGUCUUCUAUUAGCAACUGGAUUUGAAGCAUUCUUUGUACCAGAAACUAAAAAUAAAACAGAAGAAGAAAUAGACUAUAUGUUCCAAAACAACUUGAAAUCGUGA